UUUCAUCCGAGCCAGUCUCGGAGGAAUUGAGUCUAAAGGAAGGGCGGAAGUAGCCGACGCCGUAAGGGCAAAAACAGAAGCAGGAGGAAAUUGUGGAAGGAAGAUGGCGGCGGCAGCGCACCAGCUGGCAGGGUUCUGCUGCGGCCCAUUUCUGUUCCUCGCUGUGGUGUCAGUGCUGGGACACGGCGAGGCGCUGGGCACUUUAAACCUGCAUGAGCUCAGCGAGCUGAAGUACGGGAUUGAGAUCGGUGCGGAGCCCGUAAUGGCCGGACAGAGCAAGUCAUCAGAGGUGGUGACCAUCUCCUCCAAAUACAAGCAAAAGUAUGAAUGCCGGCUACCAGCUGCCGCAGUGAAGAUUCACCAAGAAAAAGAGGAGGAUCCGCAGAGCUACACUGGACUAGGGAUCUCUGAACUGCUGAAGCCAAUGGAAGUGGCUCCUUGUCUUAUCAAGACUAAGGACUGGUGGACGUAUGAGUUCUGCUACGGGAAGCACAUCCAGCAAUACCACAUGGAAGAGUCUGAAAUCAAAGGUGAUAUCCUGUACCUUGGCUAUUAUCAGUCUGCGUUUGACUGGGACAAUGAAACAGCCAAGGCUUCAAAGCAGCACAAGCUGAAGCGUUACCACAGCCAGACUUAUGUUAAUGGAUCCAAGUGUAACCUGAAUGGGAAGCCCAGGGAGGCUGAAGUCAGGUUUCUGUGUGAGGAAGGUUCAGGUGACUACAUUGCCCGCGUCGAUGAGCCCCAGUCCUGCUCCUAUGUGCUGACUGUCCACACCACCCGCAUCUGCCACCACCCCUUUUUGCGCCCACCCUCCACUGCCACCCCUCAGACCAUCCGCUGCCACCCGGCCCUGAGCCCUGCUGAGUAUGUGGCAUAUGUCAAGGCCCAAGUCUCUGACACCAAGCGCAAAGUGGAGGAGAUUUCCGAGGAGCUGAAGACUCUAGAUACACGGCUGUGGAACGAGCAAGACCCCAAGAUUCAGGAGUCCGAGGGCAAUGAGACUCCCACUCCUCCAGCUGAGGCAAAACCUGGUGAGGAGAUGGAUUUCUGGGAGGGAAUGGUCCAUGGAGAUGGGAAUGCAGCCCAGAUGCCAGACCAAACAAAGGAGGAAGACUCAAUCAUGAAAACAGCGGACAGUCACCUAGCAGGUAGCUCAGAGGUUCUGUGGGGUUUGACCUAGACAACUCCAUUUGAAAAGGUGCUAUGGGAAAAGUUUGCAUGAGCCAAAAGGGGUUGGUUUGGAAUGCUCCCUCCCCUGCAAUUUGGUUCAUAGUCAAGUGUGUUAAAUAGCCUCUGGUUAGCUGCACGCUGUGUUUCUGUGUGUCCCGAAACAUGAUGCCAUAUACAUUGAUCCAACUGAACUACUAGUAAGGGGCAUUGACCAAGAAGUAUUUCUUUCUUUAAUUUUA